GGCCUUUCCUCGUCGAUCCCUGCACCAUGGCUAAUAACUCAGAAGUGGGCGGAAAGCUCAGGAACGUCGUACAGAAUGCGGUGGAUCACUGGAAGUCAGAGACAGAGUCGGAAGCGCAUCAGAUCUUCCGUUCCUCAGCGGGACAUCAAGCCAAGACUGUAAUGCCACAGACGGUAAACCCGGACGAAGAGACAGUCCCCGGAAUCGUACACCCAGGCAGCACUGGCGUGAUUUAUUGCUCCGACCGAGCGUCCGUCAAUGGGUUCAGCUAUGCCACCAAGCACGAGUGGGCUAACCUUGGUCAAGGCGCUCCAGAAGCUGGGCCGAUACCUGGCGGUUCCGAGCGCCCAGGCUCCAUACCCGUUCCCGAAGAGUCGCUGGAAUACGCUCCUACUACGGGCGUGAGAGAUCUGCGCGCCGCGGUUGCGAACCUCUACAACGAAACGUACCGCAAAGGAAAGGCGAGUCAGUACACUCACGAAAAUGUCUGCAUCGUACCCGGAGGACGGACUGGACUAUCCCGCGUUGCGUCUGUCAUCGGCAAUGUGUACACCUCGUAUCAAAUCCCGGAUUACACGGCAUACGACCAAGUCUUGGCAUCCUUCCGUCGACUCGUGCCAGUGCCUACUGUCUUGGACGCUGGUGCCAAAUACGCGCUUGACAUCGAACGACUGAAGCGAGAUGUGGAAGGCCAAGGAUUCUCGGUCGUGCUCAUGUCCAACCCAAGAAAUCCUACUGGUCAAGUCAUCAAGGGUGACAAGCUGAAGGAACUGGUGGAAAUCAGCCGUGACGGUGCGACGCUCAUUCUCGACGAGUUUUACUCCUGGUACGUCUAUCCGAAGGAAGGCGAGGAGUUCGGUCAGUCUGUGUCAUCGGCGGAGUUCAUCGAGGACGUAGACAAGGACUCUGUCAUAAUUGUAGACGGACUCACAAAGAAUUGGCGACUUCCAGGCUGGCGCAUCUGCUGGGUAGUGGGCCCGAAAAAUCUUAUCACGGCUCUGUCCCAGUCUGGAUCCUUCCUCGACGGCGGAGCUAACCAUCCCCUUCAACUCGCCGCCAUCCCCAUGCUCGAGCCCACCCGCGUCCAACAGGACAAAAUCGCCCUUCAAAAUCACUUCAAAGCCAAGCGCGACCACGUUCUCGGGCGGCUCAACGCCCUCGGGCUCACCGCGCACGCUGCACCCUCCAGCACCUUCUACAUCUGGCUCGACCUCUCCGCGCUGCCACCGCCUCUUAACAACGGCUUGACGUUCUUCGAGGAGUUGUUGAAGGAGAAGACCAUCGUCGUGCCGGGUAUCUUCUUCGAUAUCAACCCAGCGCAUCGAAGGAAUCUAUUCCACUCGCCGUGCCAUGCGUUCGUGAGGCUAUCGUUCGGACCGCCGGUGGAGGAUCUGAAUAGAGGUUUGGACGCUAUUAAGCGCGUAUUGAAGAAGGUGGAGCAAGGUGGGACGAUUGGCCAAGGGUAUAAGAAGAGUCUGGCGAGAUCAGUCGACGAUCAUGUCUAAAC